GGUCGAAGUACUUCGACCGGCACUUGGUCAGUGUACCACACGUCUAGCUACAUAGACUCGGAAGAUUAUUACGCUGGGCGGCAUCGAGUGUGUACCGGUGAGGUUGUAAUAUAGACAUAACUUUCAGCCCCACUACUUUCAAUCUAGUCACUAGCAAAGUUCCCUCAACACCAGAUCAUCAUACUGCAAAGAUGAUAGAAUCAAAGGUAGACUUUGCGUCGCUCUCGCUCUUCCCCGCGAUGCGUGCGCAGGUUGAGGAGUCAUGGUGCCGAACGUGGCCACAGUGGGGUGGCACUCUGAGUCUCACAGAGUACCUUGCGCGAGAGGUUAAGAUGGAAUCUAUGGAUCACGCAAAGGAUGGAAAGUUCAUCACCUGGGUGCUGGCGCCACGGGAUGACCCAACCACUCUUAAUUUCAUGUGUUCCUGUGAGACAUUUAAGCGCUCUGGUCUCGUCGCUUACCCCUCCUCUUCUACAUCUGAGCCCAACUCAGUGCACGAAGUAACCUGUUACGCCAUUGCAAGUGUCUUCACCCCACCCUCCAAGCGCGGGCGCGGCUACGCAAGCCAUAUGAUGAGCCUCUUACAUUGGGUUAUCGCCUCGCGUGUCAAUCUCCCCAAGUUCCCAGAGGCAUGGGGCGCACCACCGGAACAGGUAGCAGAAGCUAGUGAAGGACUGUUCUCUUGCCUGUACAGCGAUGUUGGGGAAGACUUUUACCGCUCGGCAGGCCCUGGAGGUAAAGAGGGUGGAUGGGAGACGCGGGGAGCCGUUUCGACCAUUUGGGAUGUGGGGAUAGAGGAGGGGGAUGACAAUGGAUGGGCGUGGUUGACGCAAGAGCAGCUAAACGGGCUGUGGGAUCGCGAUGCUGGGCGCAUUAAGAAAGAGCUGGAGAACAUGUUGACAAGCGACACCUCAUACGAAGUGGAACGCCCGGCAGCAUUCGUGACGUACCUGCCGACCAACGGUGUCUGCGGGUUCCACAUUCCACGUUCAACGUAUGCCUCGGAUUUUUCCAUGGCAGGCGGAGUCUGGGGUAUACAGUCCUUGAACGACCCAGACACAUACGCAUGCUGGAGCGUCGACUUGAGACCCCCUCCGCCAACGCUAAUCAUUACGCGACUCUGUGCCAGUGAAGAGACAUUCCCUGGGCUAAUUUCGAAGAUCAGACAGGCGGCUAGACGAAGCGGAAUUGGGAAAGUAGAAGUGUGGAAAUUGGGAGAAGGAUUAAGAGAUAUUGCGGAGAGGACGGGUGGGCAGACGGUCAUACGAAACGAACAUUUGCCACAGAUGAUGUGGUAUGGACCUGGAACGAUGGGGAAUAUAGAGUGGGCGUAUAACGAGAAGUUCAGCUGGUGCUGAUGCAAGGUUGAGUUGCAGUUGCAGAAUAAUCAGAGGUAUCGCGCUGGCAUGUCUAGAAACGUCUUGGGCCCUGCCGGUGGGAAUAAACCUGCAAGUGCAUACAUUUCCACGUCAAAAGUAUCGACGAAUGUGUCUCCACCUUCCGCGAUAUUGAAGAG